UGAGCAUUCGCUACAGGCAUGAAUACUGCAUUUUCAGUUUGUAGACGAAUGCAGAAGGAUUUUAAUAAAUUACCUUUAGUGCUCCCUUUAUAUCUCUGCCCAUUGCUAAACUUAAUGCAUUAAGUACUUGCAUAUACCAGCAGUCAUGUUACGUAAUGUCAAACUCAGGGAUUUUGUUAUAAUAAACAAUUCUUUACAAUGUAAAAUAAUCUUUUACUUAUUGUCUGGUUCACAGAUUUGUGAAUAAACAUAAACAACAUUCACACUAAAGAUCUGAUUUUGGUUUUUUGAAAAGAGCCAAUCAAAAGGAUUUCAAGUAGGGCGUAACAUUGCAUUGUUUUAAUAUGUUUAAUAUUAUAGUUUCAAUGCAUUGUCUCAUCUUGAAUGUUCACAAAGCAAAAUGAGUUUCAUUGAAGGUGUGAACACGCCAUAAGUCCAUCGCCGCCCAAACAACACUUUCCAGCAGGGUGAGAGCGAGGGACUACGCCUAACAGGUGACAGUUUUCAAACUCGGCACAUAUGAGUCAUAUGGGAGUACCUGUGUGCAUAGUUGUCCUUUAUUUUAACCACCUCUUUUGAUUUCUUCCAAUCGAUCUGGAUUAAGGGAGUGGUUUUAUAUUGUUUUGUAACCUUACCUCCAGUCAAGGACAAGCAAUGAUGCUGAAGCAUUGUGAAGUGCGUGAGCUCAUAGAUGGAGGUUAAACCAGUUUGGCAACUUUCGAGGUGUUUUACUCGCCGCAAUGAGAAUUCAACAAGCAGUAAGAAGAGAACAGAGGUAAAUACGGUCUUCUGCUUCAGCGUGUCAGAACUUCUCAGCAUGACACAUUAUCGCUACUGAUAUUUAACAAGGAUUUUAAAGCUUAAUACAGUGUCAUGGAAUACAAGGUUUGAGUUUUGGAACCGUUUCUUCACUGUAAAUAUAUAAAUACUAGAGCAAUGGCUGGUCAUCGAAGAUCCCUCUCUGACAGCUUGCUGCUUGAAGAUGAUUUACCUGGAGAGAAGUCGGAGUUCACAGACAAGCACUUUUUUGAAGAAGAUGAUGGUGCCAGCAUUCACGUCACGCAACCCAAGAAAAGUGAAGCUAUUUUAAGAAUGAUUGACAAUAAGGUGAACAGUCCUUCUAUAAAAUCCAGCAGAAGCAUGGAUAGUCUAGAUGUCAGAGCUCCAAAUGAGGUGUGGAAGGAUUCUUAUGAUAAGCUCUACAAUACUAAAGUUAAGAGAUUCAUGAAAGGAAAUAAAACAAGCAGACAAGGCAUGCCUAAUGUGACAACCCAAGGAGAAACACUUGACACUGAUACCAGUGAACCCCAUUUAAUGCAUUUCCGCACUGCUAACUCUAAGAGAAAGGUAAAUGUUGCAACUUUCCUUAACAACGCAGAUCGCAUGAAGCUCGCAGACGUCAAUUAUGAUGGAAGUAUAAAGGGAUCAAACCCGGCAAUGUCGUCCUCUCAGUUAAGUGCAAGACUAGAUGGUUCUGAUUUUGACAUCCAUGGACCAGAUGUUGAUCUCAAAGGUCCGAAAACAGAUCUUUCCCUUCCAGACAUGGACAUGCCAUCUGGAAAAAUUAAAAUGCCCACAAUCAAGAUGCCUGAUUUUGGUCUCUCAGGACCCAAAAUAAAGACACCAGACUAUGAACUGAGGUCUCCUGAAAUGGAUCUUUCAGCUCCACGGAUAAAUGCGGACUUUGAUUCCCCAGACUUCAACAUCAAAGGUCAUAAGCCAGAUAUCACAGGCCCAGAUAUGAAUCUUGAAAUUCCUAAAGGUAAAAUUAAAGGACCAACUUUAAAGAAGCCAAAUCUUGAUAUUAAUUCUCCUGACCUCAACGUAAAGGCCCCUUCAGGGAAACUGAAAUUUCCUAAAUUUGGCUUCUCCAAGUCAAAAGGAUACGAUGUUAAUACAAAUUCUCCAGACCUGAACCUCAAAAGCCCGAGAAUUAAAGGAGGACUUCAGACCCCAAACAUGGAUUUGUCUUAUCCUCAAUCUGAUUGGGAAAGCCCAAAACUAGAUAUCAAGUCACCUGAUAUGGACAUUGAUGGCCCCUCUGGUAAAUUUAAUAUGCCAAAUUUAAAAGUGCCACAUUUUGGAAUGUCAGGUUCGAAAGGACCACAAAUGAAUCUUAAUGCUGACAUUGAUAAGCCAGAGCUUAAUCUGAACCCAUCAACUCCCAAACUAAAUGCUGGGAUACAUGGUCCAGAUAUUGACAUUAAUGGACCAAAUGUUGAUCUCAAAGGUCCAAAAACAAAACUUCCAGACAUGGACAUGGCUGCUUUGAAUCCGAAAACGCCCCCUUUCAAGAUGCCUGAGUUUGGUCUUUCAAAACCCAAAAUAAAGACACCAGACUAUGAACUAAAGACUCCUGAAAUGGAUCUGUCACAUCCAAAGAUUAAAGCUGACUUUGAUUCCCCAGACUUCAACAUCAAAGGUCAUAAAGCAAAUAUUACAGCUCCAGACAUGAAUGUAGAUAUCCCAACAGGUAAAAUUAAAGGACCAACUUUAAAGAAACCAAAUCUUGACAUAAAUGCACCUGACCUCGAUGUAAAUGCCCCUUCAGGCAAACUGAAGCUGCCAAAAUUUGGCAUCUCAGGGAGCAAGCCACAUGGGCCCGAUCUUAAUAUCAAUUCUCCAGACCUGAAUCUCAAAAGUCCCAAAAUUAAGGGAGGACUUGACACACCCGACAUGGAUUUGUCUCUCCCUCACGCUGAUUGGAAAAGCCCAAACCUAGAUGUCAAAUCACCUGAUAUUGACAUUAAUGCCCCUUCUGGUAAAUUCAGUAUGCCAAAAUUAAAAGUGCCAAGUUUUGGCUUGUCGGGUUUAAAAGGACCACAUAUGAAUGUUGAUGCUGACCUUGAUCAGCCAGACAUUAAUCUGAACACAUCAACACCAAAACUAAAGGGAGGAAUAAAUGGUCCUGAUUUUGACAUUCACGGACCAAAUGUUGACCUUAAAGGUCCGAAAACAGAUCUUUCACUCCCAGAAAUGGACAUGCCAUCUGGAAAAAUGAAAAUGCCCACAUUCAAUAUGCCUGAUCUUGGUCUCUCAGGACCCAAAAUAAAGACACCAGACUAUGAACUGAAGACUCCUGAAAUGGAUCUCUCAGCUCCCAAGAUGAAUGCAGACUUUGAUUCCCCAGACUUCAACAUCAAAGGUCAAAAGCCAGAUAUUACACUCCCAGAUAUGAAUCUUCCUAAAGGUAAAAUAAAAGGACCAACAUUGAAGAAACCCAAUCUUGACAUGAAUGCACCUGACCUCGACGUUAAUGCCCCUUCAGGUAAACUAAAGAUGCCAAAAUUUGGCUUCUCGGGUAGCAAAGUAAAGGGACCCAAUCUUAAAAUGAAUUCUCCAGACCUGGAUCUCAAAAGCCCCAAAAUCAAAGGAGGACUUGACACACCCGACAUGGAUUUGUCUAUCCCUCAAGCUGAUUGGAAAAGCCCGAACCUAGAUAUUAAAUCACCUGAUAUUGAUGUUAAUGCCCCCUCUGGUAAAUUGAGCAUGCCAAAAUUAAAGAUGCCGAGCUUUGGCAUGUCAGGUCCGAAGGGGCCACAUAUGGAUGUGGAUGCUGACAUUAAUAAGCCAGAUCUUAACCUGAAUACAUCAACUCCCAAACUAAAUGCAGGGAUACAUGGUCCUGAUAUUGAUGGACCAAAUGUUAAUCUCAGCGGUCCAAAAGCUGACCUUAAACUUCCACACAUGGGCAAACCUUCAGGUAAAAUGAAAAUGCCUACUCUAAAAAUGCCUCAUUUUGGUAUGUCAAAACCUAAAAUAAAGACACCAGACUAUGAAUUGAAAACCCCUGAAAUGGAUCUGUCAGCUCCCAAGAUGAAUGCAGACUUUGAUUCCCCAGACUUCAACAUCAAAGGUCAUAAGCCAGAUAUGAAUCUUGAAAUUCCUAAAGGUAAAAUGAAAGGACCAACUUUAAAGAAGCCCAAUCUUGAUGUGAAUGCACCAGACCUCGACAUAAAUGCCCCUUCGGGUAAACUGAAGCUGCCAAAAUUUGCCAUAUCAGGAAGAAAGCCAAAAGGACCCAAUCUUAAUGUAAAUUCCCCAGACCUGAAUCUCAAAAGCCCCAAAAUUAAGGGAGGACUUGACACCCCUGACAUGGAUUUGUCUCUACCUCAAGCUGAUUGGAAAAGCCCGAACCUAGAUGUAAAAUCGCCUGAUAUUGACAUAAAUGCUCCCUCUGGUAAAUUCAGUAUGCCAAAGUUAAAGAUGCCGAAGUUUGGCUCAACAGGCUUGAAAGGACCACAAAUGAAUGUUGAUGCUGACAUUGAUCGGCCAGACAUUAAUCUGAACACAUCAGCUCCCAAAAUAAAUGCAGGGAUAAAUGGUCCUGAUUUUGACAUCCAUGGACCAAAUGUUGAUCUCAAGGGUCCGAAAACAGAUCUUUCACUUCCAGACAUGGACAUGCCAUCUGGAAAAAUGAAAAUGCCAAAACUAAAGAUGCCUGGGUUUGGUGUCUCUGGACCCAAAAUAAAGACACCAGACUAUGAUCUAAAGACUCCUGACAUGGAUCUGUCAGCUCCCAAGAUAAAUGCAGACUUUGAUUCCCCAGACUUCAACAUUAAGGGUCACAAGCCAGAUAUCACAACCCCAGAUAUGAAUCUUGAUAUUCAUAAAGGUAAAAUUAAAGGACCAACUUUAAAGAAGCCCAAUCUUGAUGUGAAUGCACAUGACCUCGACAUAAAUGCCCCUUCAGGUAAAAUGAAGUUGCCAAAAUUUGCCAUAACAGGAAGAAAGCCAAAAGGACCCAGUCUUAAUGUCAAUUCUCCAGACCUAAAUCUCAAAAGCCCGAAAGUUAAGGGAGGACUUGACACCCCUGACAUGGAUUUGUCUCUCCCUCAAGCUGAUUGGAAAAGCCCGAACCUAGAUGUCAAAUCGCCUGAUCUUGACAUAAAUGCUCCCUCUGGUAAAUUCAGUAUGCCAACGUUAAAGAUGCCAAAGUUUGGCACAAAGGGCUUGAAAGGACCACAAAUGAAUGUUGGCGCUGACAUUGAUCGGCCAGACAUUAAUCUGAACACAUCAACUCCCAAACUAAAUGCAGGGAUAAAUGGUCCUGAUUUUGAUAUUCAUGGACCAAAUGUUGAUCUCAAGGGUCCGAAAACAGAUCUUUCACUUCCAGACAUGGACAUGCCAUCUGGAAAAAUGAAAAUGCCAAAACUAAAGAUGCCUGAAUUUGGUGUCUCUGGACCCAAAAUAAAGACACCAGACUAUGAUCUAAAGACUCCUGACAUGGAUCUGUCAGCUCCCAAGAUAAAUGCAGACUUUGAUUCCCCAGACUUUAACAUCAAAGGUCACAUGCCAGAAAUCACAGGCCCAGAUAUGAAUCUUCCUAAAGGUAAAAUUAAAGGACCAACUUUAAACAAGCCCAAUCUUGAUGUGAAUGCACCUGAUCUCGACAUAAAUGCCCCUUCAGGUAAACUGAAGCUGCCAAAAUUUGCCUUAUCGGGUAGCAAGCCAAAAGGACCCAAUCUUAACGUCAAUUCUCCAGACCUAAAUCUCAAAAGCCCCAAAAUGAAGGGAGGACUUGACACACCCGACAUGGAUUUGUCUCUCCCUCAAGCUGAUUGGAAAAGCCCAAACCUAGAUGUCAAAUCACCUGAUAUUGACAUAAAUGCUCCCUCUGGUAAAUUCAGUAUGCCAACGUUAAAGAUGCCAAAGUUUGGCACAACAGGCUUGAAAGGACCACAAAUGAAUGUUGACGCUGACAUUGAUCGGCCAGACAUUAAUCUGAACACAUCAGCUCCCAAAAUAAAUGCAGGGAUAAAUGGUCCUGAUUUUGACAUCCAUGGACCAAAUGUUGAUCUCAAGGGUCCGAAAACAGAUCUUUCACUUCCAGACAUGGACAUGCCAUCUGGAAAAAUGCCAAAACUAAAGAUGCCUGGGUUUGGUGUCUCUGGACCCAAAAUAAAUACACCAGACUAUGAUCUUAAGACUCCUGACAUGGAUCUGUCAGCUCCAAAGAUAAAUGCAGACUUUGAUUCCCCAGACUUCAACAUCAAAGGUCAUAAGCCAGAUAUCACAGUACCAGAUAUGAAUCUUCCUAAAGGUAAAAUAAAAGGACCAACUUUAAAGAAGCCAAAUCUUGAUGUAAAUGCACCUGACCUCGACAUAAAUGCCCCUUCAGGUAAAUUGAAGUUGCCAAAAUUUGCCAUAACAGGAAGAAAGCCAAAAGGACCCAGUCUUAAUGUCAAUUCUCCAGACCUGAAUCUCAAAAGUCCUAAAGUUAAGGGAGGACUUGACACCCCUGACAUGGAUUUGUCUCUCCCUCAAGCUGAUUGGAAAAGCCCAAACCUAGAUGUCAAAUCGCCUGAUAUUGACAUAAAUGCUCCCUCUGGUAAAUUCAGUAUGCCAACGUUAAAGAUGCCCAAGUUUGGCACGACAGGCUUGAAAGGACCACAAAUGAAUAUUGAUGCUGACAUUGACCGGCCAGACGUUAAUCUGAACGCAUCCACUCCUAAACUAAAUGCAGGGAUAAAUGGUCCUGAUUUUGACAUUCAUGGACCAAAUGUUGAUCUCAAAGGUCCGAAAACAGAUCUUUCACUUCCAGACAUGGACAUGCCAUCUGGAAAAAUGAAAAUGCCAAAACUAAAGAUGCCUGAGUUUGGUGUCUCUGGACCCAAAAUAAAGACACCAGACUAUGAACUAAAGACUCCUGACAUGGAUCUGUCUGCUCCCAAGAUGAAUGCAGACUUUGAUUCCCCAGACUUUAACAUUCAAGGUCACAAGCCAGAUAUCACACUCCCAGAUAUGAAUCUUCCUAAAGGUAAGAUAAAAGGACCAACUUUAAACAAGCCCAAUCUUGAUAUGAAUGCACCUGACCUUGACAUAAAUGCCCCUUCAGGUAAACUGAAGCUGCCAAAAUUCGCCAUAACAGGUAAAAAGCCAAAAGGACCAAAUCUUAAUGUAAAUUCUCCAGACCUGAAUCUCAAAAGCCCCAAAAUUAAGGGAGGACUUGACACACCCGACAUGGAUUUGUCUCUUCCUCAAGCUGAUUGGAAAAGCCCGAACCUAGGUGUCAAUUCACCAGAUAUUGACAUAAAUGCCCCUUCAGGUAAACUGAAGAUGCCAAAAUUUGGUUUCUCGGGUAGUAAGCCUGAUGUUACAUUUAAAUCUCCAAAGAUGAAUCGCAAAAGUCCCAAAAUCAAGGGACAACUUGAUACCCCUGACAUGGAUUUGUCUCUCCCUCAGUCUAACUUGAAAGGGCCUAACUUGGAUAUGAAAUCACCUGAUAUUGAUGUGGAUGGUCCCUCCGGUAAAUUCAGUAUGCCGAAGUUAAAGAUGCCAAAGUUUGGCACAUCAGGCUUAAAAGGCCCACAAAUGAAUGUUGACGCUGACAUUGAUCGGCCAGACAUUAAUCUGAACACAUCAACUCCCAAACUAAAUGCAGGGAUAAAUGGUCCUGAUUUUGACAUUCAUGGACCAAAUGUUGAUCUCAAAGGUCCGAGAACAGAUCUUUCACUUCCAGACAUGGACAUGCCAUCUGGAAAAAUGAAAAUGCCAAAACUAAAGAUGCCUGAGUUUGGUGUCUCAGGACCCAAAAUGAAGACACCAGACUAUGAACUAAAGACGCCUAAAAUGGAUCUGUCAGCUCCAAACAUAAAUGCAGACUUUGAUUCCCCAGACUUCAACAUUAAAGGUCGCAAGCCAGAUAUCACAGCCCCAGAUAUGAAUCUUGAAAUUCCUAAAGGCAAAAUUAAAGGACCAACUUUAAACAAGCCCAAUCUUGAUGUGAAUGCACCUGAUUUUGACAUUAAUGCCCCCUCUGGUAAAUUCAAUAUGCCAAAUUUAAAGAUGCCAAAGUUUGGCAUGUCAGGUUUAAAGGGGCCACAAAUGAAUGUUGAUGCUGACAUUGACCAGCCAGACAUUAAUCUCAGCACAUCAACUCCCAAACUAAAUGCUGGGAUACAUGGUCCUGAUUUUGACAUUCAUGGACCUGAAGCUGAUCUCAAAGGUCCGAAAACAAACCUUACACUUCCAGACAUGGACAUGCCAUCUGGAAAAAUGAAAAUGCCUACUUUCAGGAUGCCUGAUAUUGGUUUCUCAGGACCCAAAAUAAACAGACCAGACUAUGAACUGAAGACUCCUGAAAUGUCAGCUCCAAAGAUAAAUGCCGACUUUGAUUCCCCAGAUUUCAACAUCAGAGGUCAUAAGCCAGAUUUCACAGUCCCAGAUAUGGAUCUUGAUAUCCCUACAGGAAAAAUUAAAGGACCAACUUUAAAGAAACCUAAUCUUGAUGUGAAUGCACCUGACCUCGACAUAAACGCCCCCUCAGGAAAACUCAAGCUUCCAAAAUUGGGAUUUUCAGCUAGCAAGCCAAAAGGGCCAGAGAUGGAUAUUUCUCUUCCUGAAUCUGACUACAAAAGUCCAAACCUAGAUUUUGACGUUCGUGGAGCAAAUGUUGAUCUCAAAGGUCCGAAAACAGAUCUUUCAUAUCCAGACAUGGACAUGCCAUCUGGAAAAAUGAAAAUGCCUACUUUCAAGAUGCCUGAUAUUGGCUUCUCAGGACCCAAAAUAAACAGACCAGACUAUGAACUGAAGACUCCUGAAAUGUCAGCUCCAAAGAUAAAUGCCGACUUUGAUUCCCCAGACUUUAACAUCAGAGGUCAUAAGCCAGAUUUCACAUACUCGGAUAUGGAUCUUGAUAUCCCUACAGGAAAAAUUAAAGGACCAACUUUAAAGAAACCUAAUCUUGAUGUGAAUGCACCUGACCUCGACAUGAACGCCCCCUCAGGAAAACUCAAGCUUCCAAAAUUGGGAUUUUCAGCUAGCAAGCCAAAAGGGCCAGAGAUGGAUAUUUCUCUUCCUGAAUCUGACUGGAAAAGUCCAAACCUAGAUUUUGACGUUCGUGGAGCAAAUGUUGAUCUCAAAGGUCCGAAAACAGAUCUUUCAUAUCCAGACAUGGACAUGCCAUCUGGAAAAAUGAAAACGCCUACUUUCAGGAUGCCUGAUAUUGGUUUCUCAGGACCCAAAAUAAACAGACCAGAAUAUGAUUCACCAGACUUCAACAUCAGAGGUCAUAAAACACCUAAUCUUGAUAUGAAUGCACCAGACUAUGACUUUGAUGCUCCUUCUGGCAAAUUCAAAGUUCCAAAAUUGAGUCUCUUAGGCAGCAAAGAAGAAGGACCAGAUACUACAAUCAAUUCUCCAAAGAUGAAUCUAAAACCCCCCAAAUUUAAAGGAGGAACUGAUUUUCAAGAUAUGGGUUCUGGUAUUGAUUUUGGUGCAUAUACACAAAGGGACAGUAACAGUUUUACGGUGCCAAGAGGUAAACCUAUAACUGUAAAAACAUAUAAUUAUUAUGAUCCCCCAGAAGACAUCAGAAUACCAGCUCAUCACAAAUAUGGUGCUUCAGAUCUGAACAUGCAGGAAUCCUAUCAUACAUCUUCAGGAAAUGCCCAGUGGCCUACAAUGCAAAAAUAUAUACCUCACUCUUCUAAUACCAAAAAGGCUUUACCACCCCAAGAUAUCAGAAUUUCUGGAAUAGGUCCAACAUCAUCACAUCCUCACUACAAUGAUAUGCCUAGGCCACCCAGGUCAAGGGUUCGUAAAACAAAAUCAAGUGGCUAUGAAUUUGAAGGAAACUGGAACCACAUGUCAGCUCCAAGAGUUCACGUUUCAAGAAGUAGAGAGAAUUUAGCUCUGACCCAUUCAAACAUGGGAACGUAUACCACACAGAGAUCACCCCAUAUGGGAAAUAAUGGGGGUUAUUAUGAAAGAUCUCGCAUGGUUCCUAGGCGUAAUUACACAACUGAUGAUAUAUGCUACACUUAUAAAGGGAUGCCAAGGGUAGAUGGAUGGGGAAACAGGCAAAAUGAAUAUAGGCAAACAUCAAGUGGCCAUAGACAAACAAUGAAUGGUAUGCGAUUACAUGCUAUGGAUCUGGAGGUUCCAGAAAGCACUUCAAAAGGGGCCUGGUUUAACUUUCGUAAGCAUAUGUAAUAGCAUGAUGAAAAAAAGGGAGGUGGGUGGGUGACAAGAAUUUGCUUGCUAUUGUUUACAGAGUUGAUAUUUUUGGUGGGUUGAUUUAUGUAGCGUUUGCACAAACUUUAUCCUAAACCUUUCUUACAACACACUUCUCUUUAAAAGAGUUUUUUUUUUUAAAUGUUAACAUAAAACAUUUGAUUUAAUAUACUUGACCUCUAAAUAAAAUAAGUACAUUCCAAAUACAAGGUAUUGUAAAAACUUUUAUUUUAUAUGUACAAUGUCACAUGCCUGAUAAGAAAUCUUGUAUGCCUGAUUGUAAUCUAGUAUUCACAUAUAUAUUUUGUAAACUAUGUAUAAAGGUACUAUGUAUAAAUACAAUGUUUUGGGGUUAUGCAUGUGUAUAAAGUCUGGAAGUUUAUUUCAUAUUGAUAAAUGUCUUCUAUUUGUGCCAUGUUAUGUCUAUGUAUGUGCUAUUGCGCAAACAGCACUAUUGCACUUUUCUUAACAUGUUUGUUGAUAAUAAUAUUGUGAUAAGAUUUAAUGUAAGAACUCAAUUAGUCACAUAUAUUUUGACUAAAUUUCAGUUUUUAAGGUGAAUAAAUCAAUAUUGUUUCAAUAAACGUUCAAUGUUAAAUAAUCUUGUUAUAAAGGAUGUAUAAAGUGUUAUGUGGGAAAUAUUUCUGUACCAACACUUGAGCUAAAGGAUAGCUCCAGGAACUGUUUGAUUACUAAAAAGCAAUGAAAAACAACUGGUGUUGAUAAGUUGAUGUUCUAAAAUAUUUGAGGUGAUAUGAAAAUAAAAUUGAUUAAAAUGAACAAAAAUAUCUAUGUAUCUAUAUUACAUUAAUAAACCACACCCCAACUG